CAUACAUCUACCCACAAUUAAUAUACUCCCUAUUAUUUCAUAUACUCAAACAAAACUUCAAGCCUGCAAAUUCUCUCACUUAAAAUUAAGAUUUGUACAGUCAGGCAACGGAGAAUUUUGGCUCUCUUCCGACAUUAAGCAAAAAGUGGGAUUUUAGAAUUUUGGAGGUGAAAAAUGGGGUUGAUAUCAUUGUUGGAGGUGUCAUUGAUGCCAAUUCUACAAGUGCUUAUAUUGUGUAUGUUGGGAGCUUUCAUGGCUACUGAUUAUCUCAAGCUUUUCCCGGCCCAAACUCGACGAGCCUUGAACCGCAUUGUGUUUUCAGUGUUCACUCCAGCAUUGGUGUUUUCAAGUCUUGCAAAGACAGUGAAGCUCCAAGACCUUAUUUCAUGGUGGUUCAUGCCUGUGAAUAUUGGGAUCACCUUUAUGAUAGGAGGCACACUUGGAUGGAUAGCUGUCAAAAUACUAAAACCACAACCUUACCUCCAAUAUCUGGUGGUGGCUAUGUGCGCUACUGGCAACUUGGGAAACAUUAUGGUCAUUCUUAUCCCAGCUAUGUGUGAAGAGCCCGGCAACCCCUUCGGAGAAAAAUCCGCCUGCAGAACAAUUGGUCUCUCCUAUGCUUCUCUCUCAAUGGCUCUAGGUUGCUUCUACAUGUGGACGUACACGUACCACUUGAUACAAAACUCGAGCACAGUGUAUCGUGCAAUGCUUGGGGAGGGGGAGACCGCGAACGAACAAAACAAGGAUUUGGAAGCCACUCAGACAACAAGUCUUCUUCAUCAUCAUAGUAGUGCAACGGAUCUGAAGCCAGCUGAAGCACUAGGGAACAAAUUGUUGGCAGUUUCGCGUCAAAUAUUGGAAGAGCUAAAAGCACCUCCCGUCGUUGCUGCUUUUGUGGGGUUCGUAUUUGGUGCUGUUUCGUGGCUUAGAAACCUUGUCGUUGGCAGCAAUGCUCCACUUAAAGUGGUCAAUGAUUCCAUCACAGUCAUAGGGGAUGCAACCAUUCCUUGCAUCAACCUCAUCCUAGGGGGCAACCUCACAGAAGGAUUCAACAAGUCGAAAUUGGAGCCAAAACUGGCAGUUGUGGUGAUCGUAGUGAGAUACAUGUUGCUUCCAGCAGCGGGAAUUGGAGUUGUGAAAGCAGCGGCGCAUUUUGGGCUUCUCCCGGAAGAUCCACUGUUCCAGUUCGUGCUCAUGGUCCAGUACACUCUUCCACCAGCUAUGAACAUUGGAACCAUGACACAACUAGUUGAUGUCGCACAAGAGGAAUGUUCUGUCCUAUUUCUCUGGACCUACAUAGCAGCCGCCUUUUCGCUCACUGCGUGGUGCACUGUUUUCAUGUGGGUUUUGUCCUAAUCAACCAAUUAUGCAUUUGACCUCGGAUGCCAAUCCUUGGAAGCCCCAUAAUUCAAAGAAGCAGCAGCAAAAUCGAACAAAUAAAGAUACUACGAGUCAAGUCAGCAGAUUAUUUCGUUUGGUAUUCUAUUGAUUGUUUCGAUCAUAUUUUCAUUUUUUGGUUGCUUGUAUUGAUGCAUAUAUAUAGACAUAGUAUUAUUCAUUCAAGUCAGCACAUGUACUGCAAAGAAACACAGUACAAAACUCUGGCCGGAUGUACACAAGCUUUUGCCCUAAAUGUGUGGAGAAUUAGAGUCUGAUAGAACAUCACUCUUGAGUUAUUUGAAGUA